CUGCUGAUAUGACGGAAAAAAGGCCUCGCCAUAUGCGAGUUUGAGUCACGCCGUCUGAAUAAUCGCAAGGAGACUCUUUGUUCGCCAUUAAAACCGCCGGCGGAAACGCGGCGAUCGUUCACCGCUGGUCAGUAACUCCGGAAUUACUUUUCCUCCUUUUUCCCCUUUCCUAGAUUUCUAGAAAUCGUCCUCGACGAGCCCCACGAGAAUAUCAAGGCGAUCCCUAUGAAUAACCUUAUUGAGAAUCAUUUCCAUGAAAGGGUUUCAAGGGCUUUGCCAGUCUUCCCUACAAGUGUUUUUACUGCGUUAUAUUACCCCGAUGGAGACGUCGCGAUGUAAAACGCUUCUGGUUGCAUGCGGCAAAUAUAUGCCGAUGUAAUUCUAAGGAACUCGCAAUUCAGUUAUUGCGAGGUCUUAAGCAAGAGUAAAAUAAGCCAGGAUCGGAGUAAACUCUCGAAGUGAAAGUAAUUCUUAAGACCGAGUAGCUCUUACGGGAACAUGGCACAUUUAUUCUCCCAUAUACGUGCAUUCGUACCGUUAACACACUACAAUAAAUUGCGCUCGUGUGUAACAUCUGCAAGGCGAUUAAAAAUGGCUCUGGAAACGAGUUCCCUCGCUGCGUAGGAAUGGAUAUGGAAGAGGAAUUUUUUUCAAUUACUUUUGCGCAAUGACACUUGUCCCUACAAGGAUAGGUGAAAAGGAUUGGCGUUAAAAAUCUCUGAUAACGCGUCUCUAGAAUUUAUCGCGAACGAUAUGUAUCCGCCGCCAUCUUGGAAACUUAAAAAUUUCCCGAAGAGUAUCUUAAAAAUGAUUUCAGUGCACGAAUCUAAGGAGAAUUAUUCGUUUUGGUUAUUUACUGGAAUGUUUUCCGCAACAUUGUGCACGUUUCGAGACUGGAAACGAGGUUUCCCGUCUUCUGGAAUUAGUUGUUUAUGAUCUAGGAGAAAUAGCGCGUCCCUUCGCGCUCUGCGCCUAUGUUGAACAGCUGACGACUUAACCUCACUUUUUAUUCCCACUCUAUCGCGACAGAUGACUUCCCAAGGAAGAUUAACCUCGUUUUUGAGGACGAUUCGAAGGUUUCAAACGUGAGGUCAAUUUAAUAUCUGAGGAGUAAAAAUGGGGAAUCAACUGGUCGGAAUUGCUCCCAGCCAGAUAUUUCCGGUCGAACAUUAUUUGACUGAUCACAGUGAUCUACUGUUUGAUGUUAAUUUGGGAAGCACAAGAUUCUUCAAAGUGGCUCGAGCUAGAAGUCAAGAAGGUUUGAUCGUAGUCAAAGUCUUCGUAAUACAUGACCCGACUCUGCCAUUGUCCAUGUAUAAAGACAAGCUGGAAGAGAUUAGAUCAAAGCUUGCUUCCGCGGUCAAUUGCCUGCCGUUCCAGCGAACGAUCUUAACUGAGAAAGCUGGAUUCAUUAUGAGAGAGUAUGUAAAGUAUUCACUGUACGAUAGAAUCAGCACAAGGCCCUUUUUGACUACUGUUGAGAAAAAGUGGAUAACGUUUCAAGUUCUCUAUGCUCUCCAUCAGGCUCAUAAGUUUGGUGUUUGCCAUGGGGAUAUCAAACUGGAGAAUAUAAUGAUAACUAGCUGGAAUUGGGUCUUGCUCGCAGAUUUUGCCAGCUUCAAACCAACGUAUUUACCGGAGGACAACCCUGCAGAUUUUUCAUAUUUUUUUGACACGUCUAGAAGGAGAACAUGUUACAUUGCUCCUGAGCGAUUUGUUAAGACUCUCUCUUCGGAAUUAUGUAAUACAAUGCUUUUACCGGAACAAGAAUUGAAAACGGGUGAUUUACAGCCAAUGAUGGAUAUUUUUUCUGCUGGCUGUGCAUUAGCAGAGUUAUACAACGAAGGACAUCCUCCGUUUGAUUUUUCCCAGCUUUUAUCGUACAGAAAUGGGGAGUACUCAGCUAAUAAACACUUGGAUAAAAUUGAAGACACAGGAAUACGCGAAUUACUUGGCUCAAUGUUAGAGCGAAAUCCUGCGAAUAGGAAAAGUGCAGAAAUUUAUUUAUCUCAAGCCCGAGGAAAGAUCUUCCCCGAGUACUUUUACUCAUUCCUGCAAUCGUACAUGCUGAUCUUUUCUGCUGCUCCGAUACUCUCUCCCGAUGAAAAGAUAAACAGACUGAAGAAAGACAUCGGGAAUAUUAUAAAUAUUUUAAAGACUGAAACCAGCGAACAAGCAAAAAGUGUUCAAGCCGAGAACGUGAAGAAUGGUCACGAAAGUACUACAGAUUCAGCGAUAUCCAGUAAAAAUGACACAAGUAAAACCGAAGAAACUGAGAGCGAAUCUUCUGGAAAGACUUCGCCUUAUCAGAACAAUCGAAUAAAUGUUUCUCACUUCUCAACUACAGAUUCAUGCACCAGUUUAGAAGCUGAUAUAGAGAAGACUGACUGCGAGAAGGAAAAGAGAGAGACUAAAUCCUGCGAUGGGUUGGAAGGCCUGGUAAUAAUAACACAACUUGUGACAUCGUGCAUCAGAGGACUGCACCAUUCUCAGUCCAAGUUACAAAGUCUGGAAAUAUUAUUGGAACUGGCCGAGAACACGUCCGACGAAACCAUCCUAGACAGAAUUCUUCCUUACAUAUUUCAUCUAGUCCAUGAUCCUGCACCCAGAGUCAGGGUAUCUGCGAUUCAUACCUUGACAAAAUGUCUGUACCUUGUCAAGUCUAUUCCACCCUCCGAUGUGAACAUCUUUCCAGAGUACAUUUUACCAGGCUUGUCUCACAUCACGCAGGACGACGCAGUGAUUGUGAGAGCUGCUUACGCAGAAAAUAUUGCUCAUCUGGCUCACAUAGCGUUGAGGUAUUUGGAAAAUUCCCAUUUGUCAAAUUUGGGCAACAACGAGGGACCCAGGCCAAGCUAUGACGGCGAACUGCAAACCCUACACGAAAUGGUGCAACAGUCUGUAUCGAUGCUACUCACAGACCCACAAAAUUUAGUAAAGCAGACGUUAAUGGAAAACGGCAUGAGCAAAUUGUGCGUAUUUUUCGGCAAACAAAAAGCAAACGAUGUAUUGCUAAGCCACGUGAUUACCUUUUUAAACGAUAAGGAAGAUAAGCAACUGCGAGGAUCCUUUUUCGAGUGCAUCGUGGGUGUUGCUGCUUACGUAGGUUGGCACUGUAGUCCGAUACUCAUGCCUCUUCUUCAGCAAGGACUUACAGACCCUGAAGAGUUUGUAACUACUAAGGCUAUAAACGCCAUGGCUACGCUAACAGAAUUGGGUCUUCUGCAUAAGUCUGCCCUGUACCAAUUACUCUCCGAGACCGUGGUGUUUUUGGUUCAUCCAAACCUGUGGGUCAGGCACGCCAUUGUUGGGUUUAUCUCGGCAGCUGCAAGAACGUUGAAUCUCGUCGACGUUCAGUGUAAGGUGCAAACAAUGAUACAACCUUACUUGAGGCAUUCUCUGAUACAAUUGGAGAAAGAAGUCUUGUUGUUGGAAGCUCUGGUUCCACCGAUUCCACGGAUAGUUUACGACUCUGUGGUAAAAUACAGCGACGUCGAGGAACUCUUUCAGGUGCUGGAACAGCGUCAGGUUGCCAGGAUAAAAGCCAUUACAGGAAUUGUGCCGCAGUACAAUGACAUGAGUACAUCUCUACGAAACCUCUUCAGGCGUUUGACCUCUGAAUCCAUGACGGAAGUAGUCGAGGACCAGCUGUUGGUCAUGAAGCCACAUUUAAUAAAAAUCAACAAGUACAGGAAUGCAGUGGAAGCCAAGAAUCAUGCCAGCAAACAAACGGAUGGGAAGCUGGAAUUAAAUACCAUGAAAGACAAGGUUCGCCACCACAUCGUGGUCCUGUAUCCUGAUACCAAAGGCGAUAUGGGACUGCAUGCUUACAAGAAAAUGGAUCGGAGGACUUCGGACACAGCAGCUGCAUAUGCCACGAUGAACCAAGAAUGGCGAACCAUGUUCGCAGCCCAUGAAAGUGCACAGCAUUCUUCUAUCAAAGCUUCCGAUAUGAUGGGAAGUGGUGGUUCAAGCCAAAGCAUACAUGGAGGUGACAUACACUUGUCUCCGCAGCACAGUCUCACCGAUAUGAACAGUAUCAACGAUCACUCUCUUCAUGAGCGGUCUUACAUUCAGUAUCGAUGUGCACCCUGUCGUUUAGAGGUGCGACAAUUGACCUACAGGAAACAGGAGCAACAUGCUGCAGCUCUGAGGGCUCAACACUGGGCUGAUAACAUUGCAUGGCAAAGUGGGUCGAGAUUGUUGCCAAGUGGGUGGAGACCACGUGGGAUUCCAGUUGCUCAUCUUCAUGAGCACAGAGCUGCAGUGAAUCGACUGGUUUCCAUUCCUGAUACAAGCUUGUUUGCCAGCAGCGCAGCAGAUGGCUGCGUCAGGAUCUGGGAUGCAAGUAAAAUGGAGGGAAGAAACGUCGCCAAUCGUUCCAGGCAGACAUAUGUGCAUAGAGGGGGUCCCCUGGUUGGCCUCGCAGUCUGCGAGCAGGGACAGUCCUUGGCAAGUUCUGCGAGUCAAUCUGGAUCAGUGUUCGUCCUUCGAAUCGAGCCAAACUCCUGUAAGAUGAAUGUCUUGUAUUCGCGACAGUUGGAUCUUCAGGAGGAAGGCUGCGCAGUUGACCUCCAGUACUUGGAUUUUGGCUCGCAGUCUGUUCUUGUAUACGCCACGUUGUAUGGAUCCUUGGUGGGCUGGGACCUCCGUAGUCCUGGGACCACGUGGCGUCUGGAGAAUGAUCUGAAACACGGGGUCAUCACUUCGUUUUGCGUAAACAAUUACCAACAAUGGUUGACUCUCGGCACGAGCUCUGGGGUCCACACUUGCUGGGAUCUGCGGUUCCAGCUGCCCAUCAGCAACAUAAAACACCCAGCCGGCGCCAGAGUCAGGAAAGUCAUCACGCACCCAACUGAGCACUCCUGGAUCAUAUCUGCGGUCCAGGGCAACAACGAGAUCUCAAUGUGGAACCUGGAGACGGGUUUCCGGCAAAUGGUACUUUGGGCAUCGAACGCACCUCCUUUGAGUCACUCUCAAGGUGGCCACAGCGUUUGCGCCAUGCAUUCAGGGUCUGUCGACAGAUCAGGGUUCUUAUUGGCUGGUGGAACAGACAUGAGAUUGAGAUUUUGGGACCUGAACAUCCCCAACGAGUCCUACGUCGCACUGCCUGCAGCGAACGACGCCAUUCCUCUGAACUCUUUAGUCUACGAGCAGCGACUGAUAGAUGGUACCAACGUGGUCCAGGAAGUGUUGGCAGCACCCCCAGGACUUACAUCCGGAGGAGGAGGCGCCAGGGUGAGGAGUUCCGAAGAGAGUGGUGGACAAGGGCCCGAAGCACCUCCUUCGGGUCACCACGACACUAUUUCAGCAGUGUCCAUGUCGAAUGCUUGCAUCCUCACUGGCAGUACGGAUGGCCUGAUACAAGUCUGGAAGUGA